AUGGCUCCAAGGGUGGUACGCGUCGAAGGAAGCAAGCUAUGGAUCUCCACGAGGGAGGACCCGGACUACACUCUGUCACCAACGAGCCGUAGGCAGCAAGAACGAAGCCUCAGCACCGCGUCACGUCUGGUGACCCACUGGUGGUCACGUACGAGAACGGAUAUGCCAAUUCCACCGCGUCCGAGGCUAGACGUGAUGUACACGAGACCGGAGGUCGUGAGGCAUCCUGCUCCGAGUUUUCGUGACCGGAUCAAAGCACGAUCCGGAGUGCCGGUCGACCGCGACUGGCUAAAAGGCUGUGGACCGUGGCAGGGAGGCCACAGUAAGGGGCUAAUGGGUUGGAAGCCACGGGAGGAGGCUACGGUGACAGUGCAACCAAGGGACAAUGCCAUGACGCACUGGCAGGAGCGUUUUGGCGGGCUAACACAAGGCAUGAGGCUCGUGGGAGAAUACCACAGGGAGUUCAUGCUUCUCAGGGACGCGGUCCCUUGA